AUGGCCCGACCCUCCUUGGCAUCCCCAAAUAUCACCAUCACGCGCCCAUCGACCCCAUUCGCACCAUCGCCUCUGCCGCCGCCGAAUCCUCUCACCCAUGCCGACGAGAUACUGGCCCAGUUCUCGAAGCUCACGCGCUCAACAUCCUGGCGACUCGUGUCCAAGAUCGCCUUCGAGGGCGUGCUCUGGGAACCAGAAGGGAUCGCCAAGGUAGGGACGGAUCGCUACUUCGUCUCUGCUGGCGAGUACACAGUCCCGACGCGGAAAUUUCCUGAUGGGCAAUGGAAGGAUGGCACGGACCGGACAGCCGGCGCUGGGUUCGGGCACAUUGUCGUGUUUGACGGACAGGGCCAGCGGAUCGCCGACGCAACGCUGACCGAAAAAGGUUCAACAGAGUAUCACCUGGGUGGCAUUGACUACGAUGGGGAGUUCAUCUGGGCUACUCUCAGUGAAUACCGACCGAACAGCACGGCCACGGUCCUACGCCUGAGUCCUGCCACCCUCCAACAUGAAACCCUCUUUCGGGUAGGCGACCACCAAGGGGGCGUUGUCCAUGAUCCCUCGAAUCGUACCCUGACGACUCUCAAUUGGGGCGGCCGUGAGGCGUCCAUAUGGAGCCUUGACAAAUCAGCACCACCCCUGUCAAAAUUCGCACCGCCAGAGCGCAGAGUGACCAACCCGUCACACUGGAUCGAUUAUCAGGACUGCAAAUUUCUGGGCCACGCCAAAGCGUAUGAAGACCGCGCCGUGAUGCUCUGCUCUGGCAUCGCGAAGCUGGCAGACGGGGUAGAGGUCGGCGGAGUCGCCAUCGUCGACACCCAGACGUUGGAGCCGCUGAUGGAGGUUCCCAAUCACCAUGAGGACGGACCACGGCGUGUUGGGUGA